UGGCCAUGGGCACGAAGCAGACCAAGGGCUGCCAGCCGGGCAGCGCCGGGGAGAGCCCCCCGGGCCACCACCGCAAGAAGGUGGCCCCCAGGGAAAGGGGGGAUUUCCUGGCUUCCCUCGUGGCCAAGUCGGGCGAGAAGUUCGGGAAGGGCGCCGGCGCCAGCUUGCCCCCGUACCACCGGCGGAUCUGCAUGAUCCAGGACAUGCUGCUGCUGGUCAAGCAGGGCAGGCAGGAGGAGGCCACCGAGCUGCUGAAGAACCUGCGGCAGGAUUUAGGGAUGGAGUCCACCUCUCUGGAUGAUGUCCUCUAUCGUUACGCCAGCUUCCGAAACCUGGUGGAUCCCAUCACCCACGACCUCAUCAUCAGCUUGGCAAGAUACAUCCACUGCCCCAAACCAGAAGGGGACUCCCUGGGAGCCAUGGAGAAGCUCUGCAGGCAGCUCACCUACCACCUGAGCCCCCACUCGCAGUGGAGACGCCAGGGCAUCAUGAAGAGGAAGCCGCAGUCCUGCUUGAAGGCCGUGCUGAUGGGGAAGCCCCAAGACAACACCGUGGACUUGUCAGGCAUCCCCCUGACCUUGAAGGACCUGGAGAGGGUCACGUCCUACCUGGAGCACAGCUCGGAGCACAUCGACACGGUGGAGCUGUGCUUCACCGAGCUGACGGACGAGAUGCUGCUGCAGCUGCUGCCCGCGCUCUGCGGCCUGCCCCGCCUCACCACGCUGGCCCUCAACGGCAACCGCCUCACCAAGGCCAUCCUCAGGGACCUCACCGAGACCCUCAAGGACCCCAAGAAGUUCCCCAGCGUCACCUGGAUCGAUCUGGGUAACAACGUGGAUAUUUUCUCGCUGCCGCAACCCUUCCUGGUCAGCCUGAAGAGGCGCUGCCCCAAGCAGGGGAAUUUGCCGACCAUCCUGGAGUUUGGGGAGGGGCAGCUCAGUGAUUUGGAGGGGCAGGAGGGGCUAGGGGACAGCCAGGAGGAGCUGAGGGCUGGGCCAGGCCGGGCUGGCAGCACGGGCUGGGAGCAGAUGGACAGAACAGCCGAGGCUGGGGAGCUGCCUGGCCCAGAGCAAGGUGCUGCCACACCACAGACAUGAUGCCAGCCCUUGGGGGGCACCUUGAGCAAGGAUGACUUAAAACCUCAGAGCUGGGGGGGUCUGUUCCCACUCCUGGGUGCUCCAGGAGUCCCAGCUGCUGCCUUCCCCCUGUGCCACGAGCGUCAGUGAUUUUCUUCUCGAAGAACACAUAAAAGUGAUCACGUAGAGUGUUUGUAUUUUCUAACAGCUGGCCAGGUGUUUUGAAGCAUUAGUGGUGUGCUGUGCUUUUGGCUCUCUCAGAAAUGCAUCUCCAAGGGGCUGCAAAACCUCAGAAGGGCAAGAAAAGGGAGCAGGCUGCGCAGGGAAGGGCUCCCAUUCCUCAGUGCUGGGUCUCAGCUGCUCCCCACGUGGGAUGGACGGACAGCAGCCACCCCAAAGGGACUUGCCUGGGAUAAACCUUCAAUCCUUCCCACUCCUGACUUCAGGAAUCACUGGUGAGAGGCAUGGCUGCUGAGACACAACAAGAACCUCACACAAUAACCAGAGCUCAAAAAUCUGCUCACGCACCAAGCAGGGGUGUUCCUCUCAGUACUGUGAGCCCAGCCCAGAGGGAGAGCUUUGUUUUCCUGGGCAGGGUUAAAUCCCAGCCUGCAGCGUGCCUGGACACCACCCUCACCUCCAGCCUUACCAAAACCAGGCUGGCACCUGUGCCUGCCCAGGAUUUGUCCAGUAAAACCCAGUUUCCCACCAGCUGUAAGAACUCCUGAGCUUUUGAUGGGAGCAUCUGAUCCAUUCUGGGAGGGACACACAAAUCCUGGAGUCAGGGCUCAGGAGCAUCACUGACAAAAGAGACCACGGUACUGAAGGGUUAAAAAGGUCAAACAAGCGUGGGGUUCAUCCCCUCUGUCACUGCCACACAGCCAGCUGGGACUUAAAGCCCCAGAAAACCUUGGGCUCCCUUGGCCAUGGCUGUUGUCCCCUGGACCAGAAGUGCUUUGUUCCUGAAAGGUUCCAGUUUUUUCUAAGCCAGGAUUUUGGGUUCAUUUUCAGUGGGAAAUGGAUCAGCCCAGAGCAGCAGUGCUGCAAUGUGCACUUUGGCUUUUUGGAACCAGAAUUUCAUCGGAUCCCAAAUCUGGGGGAGGGCAGGAAAGUGGGGAAAGCUUCCUCUCCUUCGUGUUCCACGGAGCAGAGCUGACUCCCUUUGCAGAGGGAGCCUCUUUGCCCCAAGCCCUUCUCUGAGCAGCUCCCAGCAGUGACUCCAGCUUGGCUUUUUUUGGGUGCAAACAGACUUUUGGUCCCAUUGACUCUGUCCAUUUUUCCAGAGGGGCUUCAGGCUGCCACUGGUUGCUUGUCCUCCAUUUGCAAGAAGGUAACUUAGAAAAAACUCUGCUACUUUUAUUACAUUUGGCAACAGUCAGUAUGAUUUGCAUGUAUCCAAGCCUUUUUUCCUUAUUGGUUUGUUUUUUUUUUUUAAUUCUAACUCUUUCCAACAGGCAUGAAAAAAAAAACCCAACAACUUUCCAGUGAAUAUGGAAUAUUUCUGUUUGAAAUAAAGGAGCUAUCCAUAAACAAAAUAA